AUGAAGAUUCGACAGAUCACGACUUGUCACACCUGCAGGGCGCGGAAGUUAGCCAGCGGCAGAGAGUGUGCGGGAUACCAGCAUGAUCUCAUAUUUCGACCUCCAACUGUAUCAACUCACCAUCAAACCCCAAUUAUCAGUGCCAAAAGGCGUCGCCGCAACCCUCCCGCCGGCAACCCCAAAAACAAGCGUCAGCCAUCCCGGCCCUUGAAAGCAGAGCCCGGAGCGAAAGAAAAGGCGGAGGGAUCCCGAGCCGCCGAGUUGAUCCCUCGACAGCGACCCGAAACGAUACAUCCACCUCUGACUUGGCCGCUGCUUGACAUCAUCUCGCUGGUGAUCCAGAAUUUCAGUCCCAUAGAACAUCUUUCAAAAACUGGGUGUGCUUCCCACACCUCCAAAAGCUCGCCACAUCGAGUAUGCGGUGCAUGGGUGGAAGCCCUCCCCGAGCUGGCGAGGGAUAGACAAGCCGAGCUCUAUCUCUCGCCAGCCAUCAAGACUUUGGCCGUAUCUAUAGUUUCACGAGGAAAGAACGGUAGAGCGCCAGUGUCAGACGCGUUGGAAGCCCAGACAAUCGCCCUAUCGUCUAUUCAAUCUGGUCUUGGGCAGAUGAUGGCAUCCAACUCGAACUUGCUGGCUGCUGCCACUAUGUGUCUGUUUCUUUCAGAGUUUAUCCACGUUUUCAUGUCUCGGCAAAAAUCCUUCCUUGCGGAAACCCAAUGGCUUCACGCACCAUUCAGUGAAUCAGGGGCUGCACCCCUUCAGAAUCUCUUUAGCGAAAUGAUGAAUAUGCCGGUGACUGUUGGUGUUGUCGAGGGACUCGACACUAUGCCUCUGGAACAAGCUCAGUUUGCUGCCCAAAAUGCGUUGCACAAUUUCGAGACUUGGGUCCGCCAACUGGUCAACCUGAGGGAAGCUCAGGGCGACGGCGGUCAGUACCAGUGUUUUUCCACCGAGCCUCCGUAUGACAACCGUACAGCAUUGCAAUUUUCUAGUAUCACUGCUGCCAACUAUUUCACCCACAUUUGGGCGCUUCAUAUUGCGUGCGCACAAAACAUCCGACAAAUCAGACGCAUCUUCCCCUGCCUAGUAGGGGACGUGGAUCCCGACCUCGAGGCCCUGAUAUCGAAAGAGGCAGUCGUAGAGCUGGCUAUCUUGAUACUGAGAAGUAUGCAGUUCCUUGCAAGAGCAGAGUUCAAGCUGUUUGGUGCUGCCUCGGCGGUGCUGCCACUCAACCAGGCAGGGGAGGUCUUGAAACGCGAAGGGGCUGACAAUGCGGACUUGUGGUAUUGGUAUCACGAAAUGGCCCAACUUGCCGGGACCACAGGAUACAACAUUAUGGCGCGGAACAUGCUGGAAUACCAACAUGGAUUAUGAAGCAUGCGUUUCAUUUACUCGUCGUUGGGCGGUACGGUGCCGGACGGGAAUAUAUGGGAGACAGCGAGGGAAUUCAGGAGAUAUCCCUCGUACUGUCAUGACGAUUCCUCCAAGAUCUCAACAGCCAAUUAUAGCUCCUAUGACUGGUAGCUAUGGCACAAUUCCAACUGGACAUAGAUAGAAUACGCCACCUUACCAAGUACUGGCCCCAGAAGGGCGAUGUCAGUGCUUGAUUCGGAGCAGAGUGAAGAGGUCUUCCACACGUGCUCCGCAGGCAAGACACAAUAGUUUUGGGGUCAGAAUACAUCGGAAUCCUGGCCCUCCGCAGCUUGGAGGGCCCUCCGCAGCCUAUAUAUAUAAGUUUCUCAUAGCCCUUAGCCCCUGGUCGACCCCCUGCUUGGCGACUCCGCAGGG